CGCCGUCGAGAUGUGAAAUGAGGGAAGUGGUCUCCCAAUUUUCAACUAUAUCAAGCCAGACAUUCCCUUCCUCCUAAGGUAUUAUUAGAUCAAGAAAACAGGUGUCACUCUUAAGAAUAACCUGAAUAUCCAAUAUGCAUCCCAAAACUAUUCUAUCCAUUGUCGCUUUCGGCAUCCCUCUUCUCGCCCAUGCUCUCCCCGUCCAUUCCGAACCACAAAAACGGCAAGACGACGUAUCCUCGCUCCUCGCAAGUUACAUGCAGGCGCAACAGCAGAUGAUGCAAGCACAGAUGGCCCUCCAGAACGCCAUGCAACAAGCUUCCAUUCAAGAAUCGGCAGCCGAAGACAAAAUCCAGAAACGCCAGGGCAACGACUCACAGGAGGCCAUGCUACAGAAGUUUCUCCCACAGUUGCUACAGCAGUUAUCUCAGCAACAAGGGUCAUCCGGAGGAAGACGCAGAAGUGGUGGCAUCACCCAGAAGCGCCAGGAUGACGCCACUGCCUCCUAUGCGGAAGCUCAGAAGGAUAUGUUCCUGGCUACUAUGGCGGCUAUGAACGCUAUGCAGGCGCAGACUACGGAGCAGGAGUUUGCGCAGAAAAUGAACGACGCUGUGUGGAAAACCGCCUCAGAAGCUGCGUCUGACAAGAUUCAGUGACGUCGAAGGGGACAGUGGUCUUCGUUCUUUGCGAAUGUAUAGUUUGUGGAAGCUUUGAUGAGG